CCCGGUCUCAUCGUGCAACAGGAGGGACGAGGUGGUGGGAGGGAGGGAGGCGUCCUCGCGUCCAGCAUGUCCCUGAGCCCCCCGAGACACUCCACCCCCUUCUCGGUCACCGACAUCCUGCAGCACAGCCCCAUGGACGACGUUUACCGGAGGUUCGGUGGCAGCGCCGCCGUGCAGGAGCCCAGCCCGACCAGCCUGUACCGGUACCAGCAGCAGCACAACCAUCACCACCAUCAUCAGCAGCAGCAGCAUCACCAUCAUCAUCAUCAGCAGCAACAGCACCUGUCCACUUCCUCCGCAUCUUCCGGGGCCUACAGCACCGUCGCCGCCGCCGUGCCGCCCUUCUCGGGGUCGAUCGGGGGGUUCUGCGGAGGCGGUGGAGAGAUGCCGGCCUAUCAGGAGACGCUGAGGGGUGUUGCCCCUACCGCUGCGGCCUGGUACGGCGGCCCCGAAACAAGAUACGCACCAAUUUCCCGGCUGAUGGGCUCCUGCGGCGGGAUGCCGGGCGGCCUGUCGGCCUUGGACGGCGGCGCCAAGGCGGCCUUGUCGGCGGGGCCGCGGAGGAAGCGUCGGGUGCUCUUUUCGCAGGCGCAAGUAUUCGAGCUGGAGCGCCGCUUCAAGCAGCAGAAGUACCUGUCGGCCCCCGAGAGGGAGCACCUGGCCGGCCUCAUCCACCUCAGCCCCAACCAGGUCAAAAUUUGGUUCCAGAACCACCGCUACAAACUCAAGCGGCAGCUUAAGGACAAAGCGGCCCAGCUGCAGCACGACGCGGGCGGCUUGUGCGCGUCCGCCCGCCGCCCCUCCGCGGUGCUCGCCAAGCCCGGCCGAGGCGACUCCGAGCCGGCGGCGGAGGAGGCCAAGACGACCGCCAGCCAGCAACUGGAGCGAGAUGCUCGGGAGGAGCCGGAGGGCCGGGAGCACCGGGAGAGCAAAGGGGGCCGCUCGCACACGGACACGGCGCCGCUCGACUACGCCGGCGGCGUGCUCGGCUCCUCGGUGGGAUCCACUUUGCUCUACGGCAGAACUUGGUAGGACAGAACCGGACUGAGGACACUGCAAGUUUUCAUUUGAUAUAAAGCGCUUCAGAUCACGGGUGGGUGAAUGGAUGGAUUCACAUUUUAGGUACCGGUAUGUAUAAAAGACAGACUUGGAGGCAAAGUUUGGGCUGCCUUGAUAACGUGAGAAGAUUCCAGACUCUUACAUUAUUUCGGCUUUCAAGAUUAAAUGUUCUUUGUAGUUCGUUGCGAUUGUCAAUAAAUAUUUGAAUUUUUA